UAACAAAACAUCUAAAGUUAAUAGCUCCAUAGAAACUAAUCACCUAAAAAUCUUUAAAUAUUCUUUCAAAGAAGGUUCUUUUUAUUUCUCACUCUUUCCCAUAUCCUAUUAAACUGUCAUGACUUCCUGAAAUUACUUCUCGUCAUCUUCUCAAUCAUCAUUGCAGUAUCCUCAAUUAUAUUUCGAGAUCCAAUUAUUGAACACAUCGAAAUCAUAACUAACUUGUUUACCAACAAUCCAUCCACAACUCCUUCCCUAAAACAACUUCCUAAAUUUCCUUUUCCUUCAUAUUCUACUUCCUCCAAAGUAAUAAAUAUGACAACACCCAGAGGAAUCCAAAAGUCUUUUUUGGCACGCGAGCAGGCCGAAGGUGCAGGCGCAAGAGUUCGUCGUUCAAUCGGUUCACCUCAGCUAAAGAACCUCUCACCAUUUCUCAUGCUUGACCAUUUUCACAGCAGUUCCUCAGCUGGAUUUCCAGAUCAUCCACAUAGAGGACAGGAAACGUAAGAUAACAAUCUGCUUCCCAAAAUGAACUUCGCUAAAAUACUCUUCAUCAGGAUAAGUUACAUUCUUCAAGGCGCUGUCGAUCAUGAAGAUUUCGCAGGAAACAAAGGUACGAUAGAAGCGGGAGAUCUUCAGUUUAUGACUGCAGGAAGAGGAAUAAUGCACUCAGAAAUGCCACGAGACAGUGCCGAUGGCAGCCCAAAUAUUGGAUUACAACUUUGGGUAGACUUACCCGAGAAACUCAAGAAAUGCGAACCACGAUAUCGUGAUCUACGAGCUAAGGAAAUACCACAAAUUGAUAUCGAUGACGGAAAAGUCCAUGUGAAGAUUAUUUCAGGACAAAGUCAUGGUGUUGAUAGUGUAAAAGAGCUCGCUUACACACCUGUUUGGAUUUUCGAUGUAGAAAUCAAACCUGGUGGGAAGAUUGAGCAACCUUUACCUGCCGGCUGGAAUGCUUUUGCUUAUAUUUUAAGCGGAGAGGCUGUAUUUGGAGGUGGGGAUGAGAAGACCAAGAUUGGAAAGUUCCACAAUGUGGUAUUCCGUCAGGAAGGAGAUUUUGUGAACGUAGAAGUAGAAGAGUCUGCUAAAGAAAAUGGUCAUUUCAGUAAGUUAGCUUGUUUAUUUGGUUUAUUCCUGCAUGAGUUUCCACCGCCUCCACCGCCAAAUUUGGCAGGACAAAAGAGAAGGAAAGCUCGUUUAACUACUUCCAUCCCGACCGUCAAGCACUACUUUUAAAGUCCAAGACAGUAAAAUCAUUCAACGGAUUGAAGGCAUACAAGAACCAAACUGAUAGUGCGUUCGCCGGGAAGCGACCUCUUUCGAUGCUCAUGAGGCAGGAUCUGUAAGGAGGGCCGAAUGUCCCCCUGAAGCGGUGACACUAUAGCCGAGCGACAGGGGUGCAUGUUUGGUGGGGUAAAUUUCAAAGCAAGUGCUUCAAUGUUUGAGGACAUGUUUCUUUGAUACAUCGCAACUAUCUAAGAUAACCAUUCAUCUGGCCGUCGUUGAUAUUGAUGAAUUAGUAUCAUUACCUUGGUAUUCCCAUCACAACUAAAUCCCUAUUCAAGCACAACUUUCCAUCUACUCAUCUAAAAAAUUUAUUUCAUUUCCACCUUCCAUAACACAAAAUAAAUACUAACAAAUCAAAAAGUCUUAGUAGCAGGUCAACCUCUCAAUCAAAGAAUAGUCCAAUAUGGACCCUUUGUCCUCAAUUCAGAAGAGGAAGUCUAUCAAACGAUGAUAGAUUUCGAAACUCACACUAAUGGUUUUGAGAGGGCUAAGGGAUGGAGAAGUGAAAUUGGGAAGAAGGCUGCACGGCUUAGAUAACCUUAUUAUAGAAUUGUAGGGGUUCUUAACCUUUGUGUGUAAUUAUAGCUUAAUUGUUAAAUAUCGUUUAGUACUAAAUUGGCUGUAAUAGGGGUUUGAU